AUGCGCGAAAGCCCAAGCAGUGGCCUCAACGAGAACGGUUUCAUUUCAGACGAAGAUAGAAAGGUCCCCAUAGAAAGCCCGAGCAGCGCAUUUGAUUACUCUUCGGACGAGGAUACGAAAGUUCCCAUUGUGUCGCAAAGCCCCGAAAUGUCGCCUUCCAACACGCAGAUUGUCGGUGUCAAACCGACUCCCAACAAUCCAAUUCCUCAAAACAUACUGUCUAUGUUGGAAGACUGGCAUAAAGAAAACGGACCAAAACGACCACCGCCUUGUUCUUGUUAUGACAGCCAUACCGUCAUGUUUUACAAGAUCUUUGACAGAAAUGGAGAGGAAUUGAUUCUCACCAAUUACUCCAUUACUAAACCCACACAAUACAACGCCCUGGUUCUUAGCAUGGGUGACAAACCUGCGAGAUUGGUCGCUUGUGCAUCUGGUCCAAGGAAGUUUGGGACCUUCCUUGUGGCCUGGAAUGGCAAUGAAAAGGGAUACGAGACUGAAUGCUGCGCUGUCAGGAUCUUUGGAUGGGAUUCGUCCAAGAUCAAAUGCUCAAAGGAAGUGUGGGAUAAUGCGCCAGCAAACCCCACGCCAACCAGAUCGAAUGCACCGACAGGAGCACAACGGGAAAAAUCACAAGAGACACAACCGCAGACGCAAUCGCAAUCACAAACACAAUUACGGCCACGACGCGGACGUGAGAGAUCUAAAAGACCUCGGCAUAGCACUCCCGCGAGAAUGCCGGCCAGCUCGGAAUCUUCCUCUACCUCUGAUUCCUCCUCCGAGGAUGACGACUCAAGUGACGAUGAAUCGUCUGAAAGAGAGAAACCGUCUGCGAGUGCUUCCAAGAAGCGCAAAAGAGACGAACCAGAGACGAAACGAACCGUCAAAACUGAGGGGAAUGCCAUUUUAUUCAAUUUUGUCAACUAUCGGAUGAACGCGAUACGGAAAUUCCCUUUGGAAGACUGCAAGACGGCCAAGGACCUUUUUGCCAAAGCGCAAGGAUUCUUUCCACUUUUCAGCAAGGGUGCAAAGGUGUCUGUGCUGUCUUGCCAGAUACCCACCUACUCAGCUCAACACUAUCUAUUUGAAAAUAGCGGAGGUGAAUUCGAAUCUCUGGUCAAUGAUGCAAAAAGCAUUGAUCGCACUGAUGAUGGGAAACUGGUAAUCGAAGUCGUCAAUCAUGUCGUUUGA